AUGUUAAACUCGGGGACAUCAGCAACUGCCUCACAUAGGAGGAUACACAGUGCUAGUGUCUUUCAGUUCUCUCGUCCCUCCAUCUAUAAAAACAUUUACGGACAAGAGCAAAAGAAAGAACUUCAAUUCACAAAUUUAUCAAAAAUCAACAAGGCAGCAUGUUCAGCCGAAUCAACAGUUAUCAGUUGUAAUCAGGACUUUUUUGCUUUACCAUUCGGAACAUAUGGUAGUGUGAUUAUUAUGAAACAUUCAAAUAUUGCUGAGGAUUCAAAAGUUAGAAGAGCAAAUGCCAGUCCACCACUCUUAUCUGAACACUCAGGACUUGUUCACGAUCACUCCUUCUCUCCAUUUCUUCCAUCUGAUGGCACUCAUCUAUUUUCAACAUGUUCAGCAGAUUGUACUGUUAAAAUUUGGAAAAUUACACAAAAGGAACAAACAAUUCAUGGACAUUGUGAAGAUUUACAACAAGUUAUCACAUUGAAAGGUCAUGAUAAGAAGGUCAAUACAGGAGAUUUCCAUCCGAGUGUGAAUAAUAUUUUCGUGAGUGCGAGUGGAGAUAAUACUUUGAGAAUUUGGGAUAUCACAACACAGAAAGAUAUGAUUGUUUUGAGGGAUGAUUUUGAUGAUAUGGUUCAAUCGUGGGAUUGGUCUUCAACUGCAUCAGUUUUAUAUACCUCGAGCAGAGAUACUGUGGCAAGAGUUUAUGAUCCUAGAACAAAGUAUGCAAUUGUGUCAGGAAAAGCUCACGAUGGUAAGAAGGGUUUCAGAGUUGUUUGUACCAAUCACGAUCAAUUUUUCACAGUUGGUUUCAAUGGAUCUGGAUCUCGUGAAUUUGCCUUGUGGGAUUUGAGAAAAGGUAUGAGAAAGGGUCCUCUCACAAGAGAAACAAUCAAUGACAUGACACCAACCCAGCUCUUCCCAUUCUAUGAUUCUUCAUCUCAUCUUUUAUAUUUGGCUGGUAAGGGAGAUACCAAGAUGAGAGUUUAUGAAAUUGAUAGUAAUUCAGAGCCGUACGUUCACUAUUUGAGUGAAUUUAAGCUUACCACAACCAAUACUGGUCUUGCCAUGUUGCCAAAACGUUUGUGUGAUACGAAAUCAUUCGAGGUGGCUCGUUUUAUGAAGUUGAAUGUGGAGAGUGUGGAAACUUUCAAUUUUUACGUUCCAAGAAAGAAGGAACAAGCCGACAUCUUCCAAGAGGACUUGUAUCCGCCAGUUCCAAGUGGAAAACCAUCAAACUUGUCAUCAGCUGAUUGGUUUGGAGGAAAGAGCUGUAUGCAAGACCUUAUUUCAUUGAGACCACCAGAACAAGAAUCCUCACCAACUGUAUCAACUGGCACAAAAAUAGCAAGAGGAAGAUCGUAUGCCUUAAAAUCUGCUCCCUCAGUUGAUAAUGGACUCAAUACCAAAGCAAGUGAUGAAUUUUCGGACUCACUCCUUAUCAAUUCAUACGGUUUCUAUUUGAAUAGUUAUUUGAAUAUUUGGCUUCUCAAGGAGAUGAAAUGGAAACGAUUCUUCUUUGCCCUCCACAAGACAAAGAACAAUUCGGAUACGAAUAGCGUAAUUAUUUAUGGUGAGAGUCCUUCUCAGGUCAAAACAAUCAGAGAUGAAAUUUCCAAUAAGGAAUCCAAUUUGAAUAGAAAUGAAUUCAUUUCCAAAUAUUCAAGAUCCAAGAAUUGUGGAGUGAUUUUCCUUCACCAACUCGUCUACAUGCACAAAGCUUACACUUUGGGAGAUGAAAAAUUCUCAGACAAUCAAACAAUUGAAGUCAUGUACACAGAUAUUGUUCAGAAUGACAAUGUCACCCUAUUCUUAUCGAGUGAUUCUGAUGAAACUGUCAAAUCAUGGGUUGAAACCAUUAUGAAGCUCUGUAAAAAGAAGGAUAUUGUAAAGAACAACAAGACAUUCAAGGGUUACAUUUUACAACUCAAGGAACAUGAGGAUGAUAUUCCUGCCUAUUGGGCAAAGAGAUGGUUAAGCAUUACAGAGGAUUACAUUCUCUUGUAUGCUAGUAGAAAGGCAAGCGUGCCUGAGACUGCUUUGAAAUUCCCAUCAAGAAAAGGAUCCUCCCAGUUCUUUGAUUCUCUUUCUCAUUACAAGGUCUAUGAAAAUGUUGAUGCUUGUGAAUUUUGUGAUAGCAUGGCUCUCAAUGGAGACGAAAAGAAUUUGUGUUUUACUUUGAGAUUUGAAGGAAAAUCAAAGAAGGACAGAAAUAUCAUUUACUUUUUAGCAAAUGAUGAUCAACAAAAAGAGUCAAUCUUUGAAAUGGUCGGUAUCAAUAGUGGAGCUAUCAAGCUUGGUGCUUCAGAAGAGGAAAAGCUCUUGGAUAAACUUGGUCUUGUUGCUCAUGAAGAACCAGAAAAAAUUGAAGAAUCUGUCACUCCAGUCGAUGAAGGAAUUGGUAAAAUUCAAGUAUGGCCAAUUUCUAGCUCUAUUGCCAAUGAAGAUAUAGAAGAUUUAUUCUCAGUCUUUGGUAAGAUUGAUAAUACUUUCAUUGAUCCAAAGGAAGGAUUUGCUCUUGUGACUUACCAUCAAAAGAGUUCUGCUUUGGCAGCUGUCGUACUCAACCAAUCUACAUUUGAUGCUAACAAGAUUAAUGUUCAAGUUUUGUCAGAUGAUGAAGUUUAUGAAGCUGGCUUUGUAAAGGUUGAUAAUCUUAGCCCUCAAUGUUCGAAACAAGAUUUACGUGAUUUGUUUGGAACAUUUGGUACCAUUCAAAAGAUCAAACUGUGGCGUGAUCAAAACAAAUCUACAAACUUUAGUGGAUUUAUCAAGUUCAAGACAAAAGAACAAGCAGAGAUGGCCUUAAUGUUUAAUGGCUCCAAAUUAUAUUACGAAGAAAUCAAAGUUACUCUUGUGACUUCUGAAACUGAAUUGUCAUCUUUCAAUCAGGGAGAUGAUAAGGGUUUUGUCAACGAAUAUGAUCCUAAUGAAGUCAAAGCAGGAAGACAAAAAGUUCUCAUUCAAAUCAAGGGUGACAAGAAGAUUAGAAGUAGAAAAGUUGAACUUUCACCAAAGAGUGUCAAUUCUGGAGAUAUUUUCGUUCUCGAUUGUGGAGCAACAAUUUAUGUGUGGAAUGGUAAACAGACAUCUCGUUUCAAGAAGGCCAGAGGUUUAGAUGUUGCUACCAAUUUGAAACUCAAGGAAAGAGGAGGUAAUGCUAAAAUUCUGAUUAUGGAUGAAGGAAAGGAUGAUGAAAAGGAGUUGGAGAGACAAUUCUGGAAUGCCAUAUUUUCCGAAUACAAGGAUCCAUCAUUCAAGAAGGAAGAUUUCCUUAAAGCAAUUCCAGAUAAGAAGGCAGGAGGUGACGACAAGGAAUUCGAAGAAUACAUUGAUAAGAGAACCAUUCUCUUCAGAAUUGGUUUCACUGAACACAAGUUUGACAUGACUGCAGAUCCAAAGAGACAAGAUGAAUAUGGAAAGUAUCAAUUGAAAAUUGUUAGUAGAGGUGGUCAACCGGCAUUGAAAGAUUUCAACUCUAACUUUGUCUAUGUUUUGGAUUGUUGGAGUGAAAUUUACAUUUGGGAAGGAAAAUUCUCAUCCAAGCAACAACGUUCAUUUGGAAGAAAAUUCGCUUCCAAACUCGAACAACAAGACAAGAGACCAAUUUGGACCAGCGUGUGUAAAAUUGUUGAACACUCUGAACCAAUUCUAUUCAAGGAGAAAAUGUCAGAUUAUGCAGGUGCUCUUCCAAUUGCUGUUUCAAGUGCAGCUCUUGAAGAAAAACAAGGCAAGGGCAAUAUUGCUGCCAAGAGAGAACAACAUGAAAUUGAUGUUGAUCAAAUGUUAAAUGCAUCGAUUGCUCCAAGGGAAGCCAUGUUCCACGAUGAAUCCCUCUCUGACCAGAACGAGGUCUUUAUUUGGAGAGUUGAAGGAUUCGAGAAGGUUGAAUUCGACUCUAAAUUCUAUGGACAAUUAUUUAGUGGAGACAGUUUCGUCAUCUUAUUCAAGUAUAUCAAGUUUAAUAAGGCAAAACAUAUAAUCUACUUUUGGCAAGGAAGAGAUUGUUCUACCAAUGAGAAGGGUGCUUCUGCAUUGCUAACCAUCGAUGUUUCUAAUAUUGAUUUGCAAGGUGGAGAUGCUCCUCAAAUAAGAAUAGUUCAACAAAAGGAAACUAGACAUUUCUUGUCCAUGUUCCAUUCACAUUUAGGUUUGGAUUCACUCAUUAUCAAUACUGGAAAGUGCAUUACAACAGCUCCUGAGACUAUUCCAAUUAGGAAGAGAAUAGGAGGUGUAGCUGCUUCAUCAGCCACAAAUGAAGAUCCAAACAAGAAGGGAUUCCAACAAGCUUUGGAGAAUUUGAUUAUUUACGAUGUUCGAUGUGUAAAAUCUCCAAUUGCUGACAAUGAAAAGCUUGAAAAGACCAAAGCUAUUCAAGUUGACCUCUCACCAAAUGAAUUCAAAAACGUGGAACAACUUUCCCGUCUUUUCAAUUCUAAUCACUGUCUCUUAGUAUGUACAAAGGACAAGAAGGAAUGUUACUUGUGGAAGGGCAAGUAUCACAAUCAAAAGGAGCUCGAACUCGCUGCUCACAUAGCAUUGGAUGUGUUAAAAUUACCAUCCAAACUUAUUUCAGUAGAUGAAGGAGCAGAAAAGGAUGCCUUGUGGAAAUUAUUUGGUUUGACUGGACUUUCUGCAGCACCAAUCAAGAAGUACAUCAAAUCUCAAUCAGACAAUAUCAAGAAGAGAAUAGUUCCUAAAUUGUAUCAAUUUUCUGGAGCUACAGGUGUUGUUGAUGUUGAAAGAAUUUACAAUUAUAGUCAGGAUGAUUUGGAUAUAUUUGGAGUUUUCUUCCUCGAUGCCCAGGAAGCUGGUUGCUUCGUUUGGUUUGGAUCUUACUCUCAACAUCAUGUUCAAAAGGUAGCACUGGAAACAGCCAUGAAAUACUGUGUGAAACAUUACAAUAAUGGUGAAAUGCUUUUACAAGUGACACAUACCUGUCAAGAACCUAGCUCAUUCAAGACUGCCUUCCAUGCUUGGUCUUCCUAUCGUGACAAGUACAUUGUCAAUUAUUCUAACAAUAAUCCAAAUGUUGUAAAUAAGGAAGUUGUCAUUCCUGCCAUGGAUAUGAUCAAGGAAUAUGCAAGAAAGACCUAUUCCUACAAGACCCUACUUUCAGAACAAUUACCAGCAGGAGUUGAUGCCACCAAAUUGGAAGAAUAUUUGAGUAGUGAGGAGUUCCAAAUGGUUUUCAAUAUGGGUAGAGAGGAAUUUGCAAAUCUUUCCAAGUGGAAACAAGAAUCUGAAAAGAGAAAGGUCUACUUGUUCUAAAUUCAUUAUUAAAAAUCUUUCAAACUCUGGUGUGAG